CGCAGGGCAGGGAAAGCCAGAGGCGGCGGCGCUGCUGUUCGGUGACACAUUUCCCAUAUUGCUGCUACUGCUGCCAUAUUGUGCCCCCAUCCUCUCUCCCCCCAUGCGCCUGCUUCAUGAAUACAGCCUACAAGAUUAAAUGGGUCCAGUAACAGGAAUGACUCCAGAUAAGAAAGCUGAAACACCAGGAGUAGAGAAAGCUGCAGGUCUUAGGCAUAUCCAAAGAAUGGGAAGCUUACCAGAGGCGGGUGAUGCUGCUCGACCAAAGGCCACAGCUGUGGAUAGUGAAGUAGCGGACGACGAGCUCACCAACUUGAACUGGCUGCAUGAAAACAGUAACCUCCUAACAAACUUCAGCCUCGGAAGUGAAGGUCUUCCAGUUGUUAGUCCUCUGUAUGAUAUUGAGGGGGAUAAUGUGCCAACAUAUCCAUCCUCCUGUUAUUCCAAUCCGAAGAAGAAAUCUGCCACCUCUAAGCCCCCCUAUUCUUUCAGCCUCCUUAUAUACAUGGCAAUUGAACAUUCUCCUAAUAAAAGCUUGCCAGUGAAAGAAAUUUACAGCUGGAUUCUGGAACGCUUCCCAUACUUUGCUACGGCUCCCACUGGCUGGAAGAACUCGGUCCGGCAUAAUCUUUCUCUGAACAAGUGUUUCCGAAAGGUGGAGAGGAGCCAUGGCAAGGUGAAUGGAAAAGGUUCGUUAUGGUGUGUGGACCCAGAAUAUAAACCAAACCUUGUGCAGGCUCUGAAGAAACAACCAUUUCCCUCUGCGUUUGCAUUUUAUACCCCACCGGCAUCACCACUAAGUGGUUCAUCAUCUCCUUGCUAUUUAACCUCAGUUCGGAAACAGUGUCAGGGACGAUCUAUCAAAGAUUCAGAUAUUGAUGCUGCUACUGCCAUGAUGCUCCUGAAUACUUCCAUUGAACAAAGCAUUUUAGAUUGUGAAAAGCCACCACCCCUCAAGCUCUCCAAGAAAAGGAAGUAUGGUAGCACAUUUCAUAACCACACCCAGGAAGACGGUGAUCCAGCAGUCCCUAACAUUGACCCCAAGGAGGACCACAACUAUAGUGCCAGCAAUGUGGCUGCACAGCGUUGUGCAUCGCUCUCUAGCGUGUCUUCCCUGUCCUCUGUUGAUGAUGUAUACAAAUUUGUCUCAGAGGCCACCCGGACGGGGAGUGACGGCAGUGAAGGAUUUCAGAGUGAAGUGGACACAGAUGACAACGAAGAUGAUGAUGAUUCUCUGGCAGACAGUGGUUACACCUCACAGCCAUGUGUCAGUAUCACAGACAAGGCCCAGCCUCACCAGAAAGUCCUGGAGGAGCUCUGCCAAGAAAUUGAUGAUGAACUCAAAGAGGCUGCUGGGUCUCUUCUUCAUCUUGCUGGGAUCAGCACUUGUCUCGGCUCACUAAUAAGUACUGCAAAGAGCCAUACCCAGAAGAGAAGGAAAAAAAAUGGCAACACAGUGUGAAGAUAAUUGAUCAAUAUCUAUAUAUCUAUAUAUAAAUAUAAAUACAUAUUUUAUUUUUUAGCCUGGCAAUACUCCUCCUUUUACCCUUUGCAAGGGAGAUCAAAGCCAUAAAAGGACUUUUUGUUUGUUCUUAAGUUUUGCAGAUAAUAAUUUUGCCAUUUAUAAAAUUUUGUUGAAAUUUUUAAUUACAAAAGCAAUUAAUUUGUGCAUUGAAGGGCCAACUGAAAUUGUGUGAAACAGAUGGGGAAGUCUCUCCUCUCUCAAUAAUUGUAGGGAAAUAGAAUAUUCAUUAUUAUCAGUGGAAUGAUUGAUUCGCAUGGAUAUCAUUGGCUGGGUCAUUUUGUGCUAAGGGUGUGGCUUGUGGAGUCUAACAGAUAACUGGAGGAAUAAAUUGGACCUGUGCACAGGGGAUUCUAAAAUAGUGUGUAUAUUGUGGAGAUGGGAAUUGCUUGGCAUUUCCCAGUGCCUCUUCAAUUUUCAAGCCUGCCAGGUGUUUAUGUAUUGUACUUUAGAAUAAGAGGCCAUAUGCAAAGAAUCUGAUCACACUCAGGAAGAGAUCUCUGUCUCUCUAGUUCUGAGGAUUAGAUAUUGAGUGGAUGAAGUAUAUUGCCUUUUAUGUAAAAUAGACACAGUUUAUAUGAUUCUUAGCCCUCAGAAUGGGAUGAUAAGCAGAUGGCACAUAUACAUGUCUAAUUCCUAGUUGGUGCUCAGCACAAACGAAUCUGGUGGUCCUGAAGGUGGAGAGGCCCAUCUGAAGUUGGAUAAUUAAGCAGGCAUAGUCCCCUUUUCUUACUGCUUAUGGGGUCCACAGAGGAAAGUGUCUCCCAUUUGUUUUGUGAUCUAGAAUGCAGAGCUAUGUAUGGUAAAGACAUGUCUUUUAUAACCUUCCAGCUUUAGCUUCCAUUGUUACCUGAUUUCCUCAACUUACAAGCCAAGAGUCUGUGAUAACAGGAAUGGUGUAAAACUGCCAUGAUAAUCAGUUGCAGGUUGACUGGUAUUUGCAAUUAUAAAAUUGAUGGGCAGGGGAGAGAAAUACAGUACAACAUAUGAAUCUUCAUAUUUUUGAGGGUGGAAUCUUGAAUGGUUAAUCUAGAAUUUUCUUCCUGUUUUUAACACAAGGCAAGGAGCUGGUUCUUUCUCUUGUGUUUGUUUUAAUUGUGAUUAUUAUAUAUUGGAUCAAUGAUGUAUACUGUACAUCUGUUUGCAAACCUGAGGCCCUUCUUCCUGUCUUGAUACCCAAAUUAAGUGAAAACGAGUGACUGCUAAAUUGCAAAUGACCAUUGCACAGAGAACUUGAUUUUUUUUUUAGGUUGAGGUAGUUGAUACUUGACUAGUUCUUAAUAAGCUAGGAGUUGUUUUUUGGGACUCUAGCACAUCACCCUGCAGACCAUAAUGGAAUUAUAUUCAGUAUGCAACAGAAAUAAGUGCAUUGAAAACUCAUUGUUGGUUGAACAGUUGUAGCCUAAUCUUCUCCCUGAUUCUUUAUGAGUAGAGCUUUUUUUAAAAAGAAAUUCAGGAUGGGAUGAACAUGAGAGAUCGUUCUUGCGCUCUUCAGCGGUAUAGUCCAGCUGAGUGUAUCACCUGAGUGAGAACAAGGGCUUUCAGUGGCGGCUUUCUGAAAGACUCCUUCCCCCUAUCCUGCAUAUUUCAGUUUUGCUUUGAUUUAACCUAGCAUUCCUAGAGACAACAAAAGAAGCUUAGAACUACGUACUGUCCACUUCUGGCAGUCUCCAUUGUCCUUGGAGAUGGGAUGGAAUUCUGUUUUGUUUUUGUUAUCUGUUAUUUCAGCAAUAAUAUAAUCUCUCUGGCUGAAUUCUGAGAUAAGCCCAGAAGCAGUGUGACAGUUGCACGGAAUAUAAUAUUUAUAAUGCAUGGACCAUGUAAUAUGAGAAUUACCUGUUUCUGUGGACUGUAUUGGGGAAUACUAAUUCUAGAUGUGCAUCCAGAGGCCAUUCAUUUGUGCGUACCCAGCUCUCUCUGAAAUCAUGGACUUCUGCCUCUCCCAGGUGUUUAUUCAGAAACUGUUAUGCAUCUUCUCAAUUCUGGGUGCCAUAAGAGAGAACAUAGGGCUUCUGACACUGCUAUGGUGAUCAGAUGCUAUUACACAGUUGGAAUUGGGGCAGUUAUUUGCCUGUGGGAUAGCUAGUCUGAAAUACAAGUACAAGGCCAAACUGUACAGUCCAGACAUCUUUUUGUUGUUCCUGUCAGCUGUAUUGAUGAGUUUGGAGUCAUGUGGCAAGCAUCCCUGGCUGGAAUAAACAGCUAGGCAAAGCACUGGAAACAGUGAGCCUGACUCAGAAAAAACAGGAGUCUCUCCAAGAUGGCAGAGCUGUGUCUGGCUGCAGUCUAUUAAUGCAGCUCCAAUACUUUUCAGUGGUCACUUGCAGAAGACGUGUUUGCAUGCUAUAGGCUGGGGCUGUUGUAUCCUGUGAAUGUCUUGAAUGUCGCAUAAUGGUCAAAGCAUAAGCAUAAUUUGUCCUGCCUGGUUUGGAGAGGCAGUUUGACCAUGGCAUUUCAUCUGUACAUUUAUUUUCCCAUGUUUUUGAGAAUGAGGGGAAGAGAGGCCACUGGUGGUCCAUUAAGUAAAUCUGCCUGUUACAUCUCUGCAUUUUGCAUUCUUGUGAGCUUUUGUAGAUUACAUUUCUACUGAUGACAUACAGCUACUUUGGCUUCUUAGUGACAAAGAUGUAAAUGUCUGGGAGUUAACUUCACUGCCUUUUCUUGCAUACUGCCUCUUUAUAUCUGUUAAAAACUAUGCCACUGUAAUUUUUUAAAAAUGUUCCGUAGGAGUUCAAUGCCUUAGCCAGGUUCCAGUGAUCCUGACUGGACUGAUAAUAAGAGCUCCAGAACUAAAAGGAGCCAUGCUCCCUUGAGGUUUAUUGUAGGCUUGCAUAGAGUUUUGGAUUCAAAGGCAAAGUGGUCCUUCAGAGUUUACGGGGACAAUCACAUAGCACCUAUCUACAAUCCCUUAAAUCACAUUUAUCAUUUCCUGAGAUUUCCCAGCAACUGGCAGGUAUUUCGAUCCCAGGAAAGAAGUAACUGCUUUAUGGAGUUGCAGAGAGGUGUAGUGUUCACACCCAAAAUGCUCCAAAGCACUUGUUUGCCUUAGAAUGCAAAGCACGGCACCACCCUACUUUGUUGAAUGCUGCUACUGUUACAGUUUCCCUUAAUCUGGCAACAUCCAGCUGUAGUGUAACUGCAGGUCGCAGCAUUUCCAGGCACCAUGAACAAUGGGAAUUCUGUGAUUUGCAGUCCCAGCACACCCAGGACAGUACUAUUAGAAUAAUAUCAGCAGAGAUUCUCCUGGUGUAGGCCUUAAGUUUAUAAGAAAUAAUGUAGUUUUUAGUAUUUCAGGACAAAUCUUUUGUUAAAACGGUAGCAACACAUAAAUGGCUCAACCUUGUAAUCACAUUGCUAGUUUAUAGACAAAAACAAAAAUCUAAUGCAUGGAUGUUUGCACGCUCACCUGUUUGUAGACAACUUCCUUUGAUGUCAGGUUUAAACACAAAUGGUGCUCAUUCUGUAUAUUGCCUGCUUCUGCUCUUCAAUCCAGAAAUUCUCAUGGAUUGGUGAAAAACAGUCUGCCUGCCAGAAUCACUUUUGAAAUAACUUGCUGAUUAGGUUUUGCUAGGGAAGAGCUAUAUAAAGGUCUACUUCCAAGUCACAUAUACUUUGUGAUAAUUUUUAUCUCCCUGAUUUUUUUCCUUUAAUGAAUGAAUUAAUAAAUAUUGGGAGUUCCAUCAUAGCAUAGUUAAGCAGAAUUGGAAAAAAGGCCCAUGGAUUAAAAGUUGCUUUAAAUAUAUUAUUAUUGUUAUUUGCUGUCAAAAGCUCUACAAAUAACAUUUGCCCCUCUUUGAACAGGAUCUUCCAUUGUGUUACCACUACAAAAAACCAACUCACAGUGUUACUAGGUCUUAUUUUUGUAAAAGAUAGCAUUUGGAAGCCUUGUGUGCCCUGCAAACAUGCUAAGUCAGGGCUAUUUAUGGCUCUUUGUAUGCUUGAGAGGUAUGGUAUUUUCUGCAAAAGGUACCUACAUUAAAUAAAAGAAGCCAGUCAAUAAAUAGAAACCGAAAUAUAGUUGCUCAGUAAUCAGUUUGUGUCAUUGGGUAGAAUUGAUUCACAAAAAUCUCACCUUAGUAGAAAUCAUGGGAGUUGAAGACUUUUAUAGAAAUUCAAAGAAAGCAGAAUUAAAUAUGUGCCCCCAUCUGAACUCAUGAAUGCUUCUUGUCAUAUAUCCUUCCAAUGAGAUGGGGUUUGCUACAUGGUAACAUGUGACCCUAUUUGGGUAAGUGAAGAAUAUUGUACUAUGUAUAUGGUCCAGAGCACCUACAGCAUGGGGAUUUAAUAUGAAUUCACCACUCACAAAUUAAUAAGCAAGGCUGUAUAUUAUUGCCAAGGCACCUUUUAAGUCCUGUAUGUUGUGCAGAGAUGUCCCAUUUAACAUUUGUCCAAAAUGUGUGUUUAAUAACUUGUGUGAUGUGAAAUUUGUUUCCAUAGCAAUGCAGGUAAUAUGGUUAUAAAGAAAUGUGUUUUUUUGGGUCUUGCAUAUCUUUUGAAAGUUGAGAAAAGCUGCGUUCAGUUCUCAUAAAAAUUGGCCAGAUUUUCAUACUUGAGGCUACUUUCCCUAAGAGCUCAUUUGCUCAGUUUUGUCGUCUUACAUUUGACCUGUUAAAAGUCUGUUUCCAGUCUCUCUUUUCUCCAGACAAAAGUUGGCAUGUGUACAAUUAUCUUUCAGUGUCCUCCCAUUAAGAAAAAGUCUAGUGUCACCUUUAUGAUAGAAAAUGUAUAGUGAUCAUUAGCAUUGGUAGCACUUUCCCUGUUGGUCUUCAAGUCCAAAGGCAGAGCAAUAAAAGCAUUUGGUGAGAACAGAUGCUUCAGAAAGUUCAGAUUUAAAGAGCUAUGAUUGUGGAUGCUUGCAAUCUUAGCUAUGUUACAUAGCAUGACUUUGGGAAAUCCUUUGAUUGUACAAUUUCUGCCUAUAGAUGGGAAGUAAUAUAUCUGCAGGUAGCAAACAGCAUAUUGGAGAGAGGUUUAAGUUUUUUCUCCUGAUAUGCUUGUUUACUAUAUGCAUGGUGCUUUUUCAGUUGCAAAAAUAUAAUAUCCCCCCCCCCCAUUUUGAAGUGGUCCUGAGCAGGGAUUUAGAGAUUCACUUCUUCUAGAAUGGGUGGAACAACAUGGAUGCUGUAAUAUGUCAGAGUUGAUUCAUCUUGAAAUUCAUUGUGGAAAUUGGACAAACAAGGGAACUGUCAUAUCCGAGUUCCUGUGGAUAUGAGGAAGAGCUGCAUUUUUUGCCUUUACUUGCUGUACUUUACUUGUAUGCGUCUUCCUAUGGCCAAAAUCCAUGCUAAAUUCACUGUUCUAAUAUUCAAAGAGAAGUGUUUCCGCAUCUCCACAGGGAAGUCCUCCCUUUCUUUGCAUUAGGUUAACUAGCUAUAGUACGUUUGAAAUAUGUCCAGAUGAUACUAAUAUACUAGUAAAUUGGGAUGCUUUCAUUGCAGUGAUGCAUCUCUCUCCCCUCAGAAACUUGUGCACUCUAGGAUCAGCCCAGCACAAAUGGGAAUGGCCAGGGGGAUAGGGUUACGAUCAGCAAGGUUAGAGAUGUGUUAUUGUGAAGUAGCUGUGAUGCAGAUGGAGCGUGUAUCCAUACCCUCUUGCUGUGUGCAGUACAUACAUACAAUACUUGAGUUGUUCUGCUUUAAGUUUGGUUUCAUGAAAGAAUAAUUCUUGCAACGUAGAAAACUGGUAGGCUAGAAUCCUUCCUGACGCAUUAGCUUCUAGAAACGAGGAACUUACGUUGGGAGCAUAUAGUAUUGUCCCAGGAUGACUACAAGUACACUAAUGUUUUUGCUCAUUUCGGAAGAAAGGGAAUAGAAGAAUUUAGAACCAUUGUAUGCCCAAAUGAAAGGGAGAAACAAAUCACAUCUCAGGAUGUGCGAAUUAGCUUUCUUCAAGUAUUCUCCAGAUCUGCUGGUCCUACAAACUCCUAAUAUUCUUUUGUCAGCAUAGCUAGAUCCCUUGGGGGGGGGGGCAAGGCUAGGGACAGUUGCAAUGAUUUAAACUGAUACGUGUGACAUGUACUUGCUGUACAGAGAGCGUCCCUAGGCCAGCCAGUCUGUGUCCUCUUAAUGUAUAGGAUCAUUUGCUCUAGGCCUGGCUGUAUUAUUGUACUCUAUAAUGUUGGCUACCACCUGUGAGGAAGUGUGUGCAGCACUGUGGUCCCAUGCCAGUGAUGGUACUGUAAAUACAUUGUAGUCAGUGGACAUGGGCACACUUGGUUUCAGAUGCACAGUGUAAUCCUGUCUUUAUUUUUUUUUUAAAUGGUAAAUUCCCUUCAGAAAAUCAGUUUAGCAUCAGGGAAAAAGAGCUGGUAGUAGAAUAUUCCUGAUCCUCUUAAAUUCCUAAAAAAUAGCAUGGAGGGCUUUCUGCGGGAGACCCACCUGUUCUUGAGGUAGCAGCUGAUGUCAGUAUUGUGCAAAUCUUUCUCCAUUUCAUAUUCUGGAGCUAAAUUACAGCUUCCGUGAGAAGUGCAGGCAGCCUUUCUUAGAAAAGCCCAAGUUUGAAUUGGAACAGUUUGCAGCUUCUUUAUUUGGCUAAAGCAAAUAUGACAGUAAAAGCAAAGCACACCCUGCAGUGCUAAUGAUGGGGUAGUCAAAAUAUUUAUUGAAAAAGAGGAAUAGAGUAUUUUUAAAAAAUCUUGUACCUGCCAUUUAUUUGAAAAAAGCACAUUCUCCACAGUUUAACUGCCAGUGCCAAGAAAAGAUUUGUUUUUAGAAGUGUAUUUUUUUUCCGACCUAAAGUGUAUAAUUUAAAAGUAUUACAUUACCAUCUUGUAGUGAUAGACCAUUUACAAUUGCCAAUUCACUGUAACUAUUAUUUAUUUAAAAAUGGAAAUUGUAAGAAUGCUUUCAGAUCAAAGUAAGCAAAAUUCUUUUCUUUUAAAAAUCCACAUUAGCUUGUUUCUCCCCACCACCUGCUCCUGCCACUUCUUGGAUUAUCUGAGACUAACUCUGCCAAUAGAUUAACCCCUUUCUAACCUGAAAUUCCCUGAGCCCAGUUUAGUAGUUUACCUGGUUUAAAGAUGUUUUUGUAUGCUAACCUCUAUUAAUUAAAAUGUUGAUGGAGUUUAUUUUUACCAAAGAGAUGCAAUUCAUUAUGAUAAAGUAUUUCAAAAUAAACUUUGUUUUAUAACA